GGAGAAAAUGUUCAAAGAGUGGUACAUCCAGGACCCGAAAGGGAUUGCCAUGGGAGACGCCGCUGCCUCCUACUCUAAAUUCGAGAAGGACGUGGCUACAGAGGAGGAGUCGUUUUACCUGCUGAUUGCCAUGUUGCCGUGUGAGAAGCUGUGGGGGUGGCUUUCCCAGCAGAUCGAAUCAGGCAUAAAUGACACCAACGUGUACAGUUUCUGGAUAGAAGAUAAUCUGCCGGAAAGCGAUACACUCGCGACUUACAUCAACGAGAAUGCCGAGAGGUUUAAUGUGGAUCAACAGAAGGCCAUGGACAUCUACCAAAAUGGUAUGCAGUGCGAGGUGGAUUUUUUCACUUCGGCAACAAUCGAGGAGGACAACUGAAUGGUCUGAACGUUCCAACGUUCCAACUGUGAGGUUGCAACACUCUUAAUUAAUUAAUGCAAAAAUACACAUGAUCGAAACCUACUUGGUGAACGUAAGGCUCCGUCAUUUUUUUGCAAUUCUAUUAAGCGCAAUUGAUACUGGAAUACUCU